AUGGAUGGGCUUUGCUUCCCGUGCCCAAGUCGCCCUCCUGGAAUCGAUGGCCCUUCUGAGGGACAUAGAUCUCAGCGGGAGCCUCGCUCCUCACAGGCCCUCCAGAGAGAUUUAUGGGGCACUCUGUGCUCUCCUGGGACACCUGGGCCACCAAAGCACGCGAGGAUCCCUGCACUAAAGCCCCACGGCAGCUGCCCUAGUUUAUUUGUGCAAUCCGCUCAUCUACAAACAGGGCAAGACAAAGGAUUUCUGAGCACUGGGGACCAAGCAGCAAAAGGAAACUAUGGCCUCCUUGAUCUAAUUCAAGCUUUGCGAUGGACUAGUGAAAAUAUUGGGUUCUUUGGUGGUGACCCAUUAAGAAUAACUGUUUUUGGAUCUGGGGCAGGCGGUUCAUGCGUCAAUCUCUUGACUUUAUCCCAUUAUUCUGAAGGUAACCGUUGGAGCAAUUCAACCAAAGGACUUUUUCAAAGAGCAAUAGCUCAAAGUGGAACGGCUCUCUCCAGCUGGGCAGUUAGCUUUCAGCCUGCAAAAUAUGCCAGGAUGUUGGCUACAAAAGUUGGUUGCAACAUGUCAGACACUGUAGAACUGGUGGAAUGUCUGCAGAAGAAGCCUUACAGAGAACUUGUCGACCAGGACAUCCAACCAGCAAGAUACCACAUAGCCUUUGGACCAGUAAUCGACGGCGACGUGAUACCGGACGACCCUCAGAUCCUGAUGGAGCAGGGAGAGUUCCUCAACUAUGACAUCAUGCUGGGAGUUAACCAGGGGGAAGGGCUGAAGUUUGUUGAAAACAUUGUGGAUAGUGAAGAUGGCAUAUCAGCCAGCGAUUUUGACUUUGCGGUUUCUAAUUUCGUCGAUAACUUAUACGGAUACCCCGAAGGCAAAGAUAUACUGAGGGAAACUAUUAAAUUUAUGUACACAGACUGGGCAGACCGGCACAACCCCGAGACCAGAAGGAAAACGCUGCUGGCUUUGUUCACUGAUCACCAGUGGGUUGCACCAGCAGUGGCCACAGCAGAUCUUCACUCAAAUUUUGGAUCGCCUACGUACUUCUAUGCCUUCUACCAUCAUUGCCAGACAGAUCAGGUACCUGCAUGGGCAGAUGCAGCCCAUGGAGAUGAGGUUCCUUACGUACUAGGAAUCCCCAUGAUUGGUCCUACUGAGCUAUUUCCUUGUAAUUUCUCCAAAAAUGAUGUCAUGCUAAGUGCAGUGGUGAUGACGUACUGGACAAACUUUGCAAAGACUGGUGACCCAAAUCAACCAGUGCCGCAAGACACAAAAUUCAUCCACACAAAACCAAAUCGUUUUGAAGAAGUAGCAUGGACCAGAUAUUCUCAGAAAGACCAGCUGUAUCUUCACAUUGGAUUAAAACCACGAGUUAAAGAACACUAUAGGGCCAAUAAAGUGAACCUUUGGUUGGAACUGGUACCUCAUCUGCACAAUCUUAACGACAUUUCACAGUAUACCUCUACCACAACUAAAGUGCCAUCGACUGAUAAUACUUUCAGACCCACAAGGAAAAAUUCUGUUUCAGUUACUUCAGCCUUUCCUACAGCCAAACAAGACGAUCCCAAACAGCAGCCAAGCCCAUUUUCAGUGGAUCAAAGGGACUACUCAACAGAGUUGAGCGUUACUAUUGCAGUUGGCGCAUCUUUGCUGUUCCUGAACAUUUUGGCCUUUGCAGCGUUGUACUACAAAAAGGACAAGAGGAGACAUGAUGUCCACAGGAGAUGUAGCCCACAACGUACCACUACCAAUGAUCUCACCCAUGCACAAGAAGAGGAGAUAAUGUCCCUCCAAAUGAAGCACACUGACUUGGAUCAUGAAUGUGAGUCCAUCCAUCCACAUGAGGUGGUUCUUAGGACCGCCUGUCCCCCAGACUACACGCUAGCUAUGAGAAGGUCUCCUGAUGAUAUCCCCUUAAUGACACCCAACACCAUCACAAUGAUCCCCAACACUAUACCAGGGAUUCAGCCCCUACACACAUUCAACACAUUUACUGGAGGACAGAACAAUACUCUGCCCCAUCCUCAUCCCCACCCCCAUUCACACUCAACAACCAGGGUAUAGCCAGACAAGACGAAACAAACUUUUAUUUUUUGAUGGAUUACAGUAGGUGAUAUUACUGAAGAUUACUUGGCUUUCAACCAACAAGACUCUUACUAUUUAAAUAUGGAGGAAUAUUAUGUGAAUAUACAUAUCAAGAACAUUUGGGGUUUUGAAAAAAAUGAAUUGUACAUAUAUCAAAUGAACUUAAGAAACAAACAAAACAAAAGAAAAAAAGAAACAAAAAACAAAAAAACCCAACUGUUUGCAAUUGCUUGAAGCAGUUGUCCUGAAUGAUACUUUUUCAUUCACAUUCAAGUAUUAAUUUUUUGAAGAUUUAAGUUACAUAAUGGAAUUAGGCAUGUGCAACACAAACAGGAAAGAACUAUGACUGAAAAUUUUAAAAACCUAUAAAUAUGCACAAGGGACACACUAAUGGAAUGUCAGAUAAUUUUCACCAAUUUUUAUUUGGACCUGUUUUCUUGUGUAGACCAUAUUUACAUAUUUGAAUAAGUACACAAAGCACCAAUGCUGUUAAGGCCUUAGAAAGGGGCUCAUGCUGAAAUCUGCCAGUCAGAGAAGUUUUACAGCCUGGCAGGUACAACAUUAUCACAUAAGUGCUGUCAGUAUAAAAGUUGUGGGAAUAAAGGAAACUGGAUAUUUUUAGCACGAUGUGCAUGAUAAUUUAUAUGCUUGGUGGCUGUGCUGCUGAUUAAGCCGUAAUUAAAAUUCUUCUCAUCCCAUUGGAGUUUUUAAUAGAAGCUUUCUCCAUCAAUUGGCACAACCUAAAGAAGUUUUUUAAAGGGGCAAAAGUAAUUACAGUAAAAUAUUUCAUGGUAGCUUCCGAAAAAGAAGGGAUUGCAACAGUUCUUAAAGGUAUUUAUGGCAUUCUAGGUAUACAGUGGUGGACCCUCACUGAUAUGAAUCCCAGACAAAAAAAUGUAUACUAUUAAUGUUCUUUUUCCUUUCCACCCAAAUAAUUUCUGACUUUGAAAUAACUAUAACUUUAAUGGAAUCUCCUUUGAUGAAAGAUUUAUAAUUUGCUGUGAUUUAGUUUCAGAGUAUUUUGUUCAAACUGAUGAGGUAAAGUGUGUCCAAAAAUUUAAUUGCAAUGACAUUUUGCCAUUUAAAAUUGCCCCAAUAUUACCGCUCUGAUUACACCUUUCAGUUUAUUGUUUCAACUCAUGUUGCAUGUUACAAAGUUUACUUAUAAUACUUUAAUAUAAUGUUAAUUCCCUUUUUGCUAUACAUUAGCUUUGUCAUUCCAAUUAAUUCUCUAGACCAGAUGGCAAGAGUGUAGAAAAAGAGGGUAUAUGAGAACGGGGAGAGAGCCAACAACUGGAAAUUUAAAAAUCUGGAUACUACAUAUGUUUGUGUGAUUUGAAGUGAAUGUUCUAAAAUCACAAGAAAUUUUUCAUUCCCCUGUUGCUUUCCAGUAAUUCUAUACCAUGGUCCUUUCAAAACGUUUGUAUAUGUAAUCAGAUGUACAUUUAUAUAAAAGAAAUAAUUGAGAUGGACUUAAGAGCACAUCCCUGAUAAAUACUUUCUCUCUUACCUGUACUAUAUUUCUAUUAGACUAAAGUUAUGUGAUUUUUUUUUACAUUUUUUCAAAUUACUAGCAAUUUUGAUAGUUUGUAAGAUAAUGCGAAGAACUUUCUCUGACAAACUAACUGCAGUAACAGAAACAUUUCUUUUCAGUUACUCUUUUUCAAGAAUGAAAGCUUAUUACACACAAAAAUUGUAUACUACUUGAUGGAAAAUUACUUUGUAUUUCUUGGCCAUAUUACUGGUCACUGAGUGAAAUAAAGAUAAUCUGGAUAACGAAUAUUAUUCCAAUGUUAAGAGACCUGAUCUUUGCUCAUUAAAGAGCUAAAAUGUUUAUUGCUGUUUUGUCAUUUUUUAAUGAAGUAAUGGUAACUGUCUCAAAUAAAGAGUAAUAUCUUAAGACCAGUCUGGUUUUUGAAGACAUGAGGGUGCCUUCUACAAUUAAUAAAACUGCAUAUUUGUAGGCCAGCCCCACCACAGCUAUUUCUUACAGAAAUAUUGACAUUGUGACUGUCAUCACAUGCAAAUCUCCUCCAGAUUUCAGAAAUGAGUUAAAAAUGCAAUAUUGACACCAAAAAAAAAGGCAAGGAACAGGCCUAAUUGAAAUAAAUCUGCAAUAUUCCAUGAUGAGAACAAAAAUAACUCACCUGGGUUUUUUUGGGUGAUUGAACUUUUAUUAUAAAAGAUUGCUGAGAAGUUUAAAGUAUGUUUGCUAACAUCGAGCAUAGACAUUAAAAAUAAAGCUGAAACCAAAAUAAAUACUGCAAUUUCAGUUAUUUUACAUCCCUAUUUAACAACAACAACAACAAAAAAACCCCAAAAAACAAAAUAAAAAACCCCAAACAUGUACUUAGUACUUGUUACAGUCCCCAGUUUCAAAUUAAAGUCUUUUUGUAGAAGCAUAAAAAAUAGUCUUCAAAAUCCAGGGCGGUCUGUGUGCAAUUUCUGCCUGAUGUGGUUGUGCUUUUAGACUGUGACCUGCCAAUGUAAACCAAUAAAAAGAAUUGUCUGCCAUCUGAUAAUUAUUGUUUAAUAAGAAGAUUGUAUUUUGCUAUGUUGAUGAAACAAAACAAAAAAAAAAAUACAAAAAUAUUGAUGGCCAUAAAACAAGAUAUUAAUGAAAUAUGAUUUUAUGUGCUUUUCUUAACUUUAUCAAAACCAAAAUAACUUUCUACUAUAGUUUCUUUGUGGCCAUAUAUCUAUAUAUCUCUAUAUAUACAGUAUCUGGUAAUUGUUUACUUUUAUUAGUUACAAAAUAAAUGAUUUAGGUAAACCAAGCAUGACACUACACUUUAUUUCUGUCAGCCAAUAGUAUUUAAAAUGUGAAAGAUGAAGGCAACAACACAAAUUUUGUCACUCCUGUUUGAGAAAAAAAAAGUCCAUUCCUGUGAUGCAGAUACUGUGAAUGAUAUUUUAGUGGCUACUUUAUACUGAUAUUACAGCAGCUGGCUUUCCAAAAGUAAGAUGGUGUCCCACGUUUUAACACAACAUUGAGAAAGAGCAAGAGAUGUUUUAAAGCUGAAACGAAAAGAUAAGAAAUGGUUUUGGAAUAUCUUCAUGUGCUUCAUGGAAUAUAAGUUUGUUCUUUUCAAAAUAUUUUAUCUAUUUGAUUUGUUUGUCAUGGUAGCAUACACAAAAGCAAAACUGAGUGUGAUAUUUGAUUUCUUGUAUCAUCCUUGGACCAGAUUUCCAAUAAAAUUAGGAUAUCAGUCAGUCUUUGGAAGUUCAGUAAAAAUAUAAAGAGCCUGCAUUUAUUGAUUUCACACUUUUGUAAAUAUGUUUGCAGACCUUUUUAAGAAAAUGUAUUCUACCAUUUUGAGAAAAAAAAAAUAACAAUGGAAUCAUUGUCUCGUUUAUCUAUUGAAAUUACAGGCAAUAUAAUGUGCUGUGCUGACAUUUCUAGGAGAAAUAAAACCGAUAAAAAACGCA